AUGAAUAUUUUUACUGAAAGGUUGGAUAAAUUAGAACUCGAUCUAUCUACAAACAAAAUAAAAACUUCUAAUAUCGAAAAGGACCUAGAAGAAAUAAAAGAAAGUCUAAACUUCCAAGAAGAGCUAACUAAACAAAAGAUUGCAGAAAUAAAUAAACGGACGGAAAGUGAAAUUAAACAUCUUUAUGAGCAGAAACGUUUUGAAUCUAUAAAAGAAACAAAUGCCAUUAAAAACAUAAGUGAGAAACUGGUUGAUCUCGAAAAUCAGUCACAAAGAAACAACCUGAGGAUUGAAGGUGUAAAUGAAUUACUUGGUGAAACCUGGAAUGACUCAAUGAAGAUUUUGCUAAAGAAACAAUUGAAACGCGAAAAAGACUCUGGGGUGAAAAGGAGAAAAUGUUGCGCAUGUACUAGUGAUACAUCAACCAGCGAUGAAGAAGACGGAAUAGUGUCAGUUGGAAAUGUUCACUACGAUGAAAAAUAUAUCGAUAACGAAAAUGAUGAUGGCCAAGAUGGUGAUGUAAAUGAUCGCACCAAAGAAACAGCAAUCGAUUACUCAGACUGUGGUUUGUGGCCAAUUCAUCGCAACAUUCAAUUUGUUGAUUAUGUAAUUAAUAUAGGUGCAAUACAAGUGAAUUUGGACACAUAUCCACGCGAUAAUAGAAGACGACAUUUUUCAAAUGCUUAUUACAACCGAAAACUUUCAAAUGGUGAGGUUAUUUCACGACGUUGGCUUGUGUACUCAGUUUCUAAAGAUGCGGUAUUUUGUUUUUGCUGCAAACUUUUUGAUUUUAACAUGAAUUUAAAGUUAAACGGAAAUGGAUUCAAUAAAUGGAAGAAUUCAACAGAAGCAUUAAAAAUUUACGAAAAUGGUAAGUCACACAGAAUUGCUUAUCGACUAUGGAUUGAGACAGAAAUACGAAUGAAAGCUGGUGAAACUAUUGAUAAACAAGAACAAAAACUAAUCGAAAAGGGCAGUUUAAGGUAG